CCGGGCGUUCCGAAGUACAGCGUGAAGAAAUACUUGCAAAAGUUGUCUUUGUGGUGGAGAACCAAAAACGUUGAUGACGACGGAGUGGCAACUCUUCUUGUGUUGCAGCGUCUUCAAGGAGGAGUGUACAAGCAGGCGUUGAGGUUCAAGGUUGAACGAGACGGCAGAGAGUACAUCGGAGAAAACGCGUUCGCCCUGGAGAGAACGGAGGCAGACGAGCUACACGGAGCACAAGCGCAUCCCUCAGGACUUUCUCUCUUCACUCGUUGGCUUGAAGGCGAAUAUGGACUGCACGAUCAAGACACAGUCGGAGUUGCACUCGACAAAUUCUUUUCAUUCAAGAGAGGGCCCCGAGAUCUCGGGCAAUACAUUUCAGAUUUCGAACUUGUGUAUGAUGAAGCGGCAGACCAAGCAGGACUCAAUAUCAACGCAGUUGGACGGAGUUACUUGUUGCUUCAGGGAUGCGACCUCUCCAUCAAGAAGGUCGACGACAUCGAACUCAAGAUCGACGGGGACCUCAGACGGUAUAAUGACAUCAAAGCUAUCAUGACGCGUCUCGCCAAGCAGUCACUGGCCCAGAACAACCCAGAACAGUACGAGGGCUUCUGGGUCGACUCAGAUGAAGAAGAGUACUGGGAUUACUACGGCUACUACGACGACUACGGCCAGUGGCAGUACUACGAGGACGACGAAUGGUGGGACGAGGAAGAACAAUAUGACGAGCAGUAUUCUCCACCUACGGCUUCGGCAGCAAAUGACGAGGCGUACAAGGGAUCCGGCAAGGGCAAGAAAGGAAACCCAGGCAACUGCUGCAAGUGCGGCUCGAGAUGGCAUCGAUCUGAAGACUGCCCUGCCGGAGGCAAGAAGGACACCAAGAAAGGCGACGACAACAAAGGGAACGGCAAGAGCAAGUCGGACUCGAACAACGGCAAGGGCAAGCAUCGUGGCGGAAAGGGCCGCGGUCGAGGCAAAGGACGAGGAAAAGGUUACCGUGGCAGAGGCAAAGGCAAAGGCAAGAAGAGCAAGGGCCACUACGGUGAUGACUACGACGAGGAGUACUACGACGAUAAUUGGGACUGGAGAACCACUCACGGCAGUUGGUAUGCGACGAGAACCAAGACCCAGAACAAGGACGCGCUGUGGACCUUCAACACUCGAGCAGAAGUUCAUCAUGGUUCAUCCUGGUCUUCACUGCAGACAGUACCCUCCUACAGCCUGGACGACCCGGAGUCACCAGACAUGGGACAAGGAUUUCAGGAGACCUUCUCAGCGUCAGCAUCGAAACCCACCUCGGCUCCUUCGGCACAGGCAGCAGGACCAGCAUCACCAAGACCGACUCGGAGAGCUACGACUGGAGACUUCAUGUCAGACAUGGGCUCUCCUGGUCAUGCCUCUACCUUUGACGAUGACGAGGAAGCCGAACCCCGUCGCCUACCUCGCGGAAUCGUUCCUGGAGGUUUGGAUUUUCUUGUCAGAGAAGUUCAGAACUUGUGCUACGAAGAUCAAGUAUCACAGCAGAACAAUCACAACGUGCACGAGGUCAACACGAGCUAUCAUUCUAUCAAAGGCACCAAGAGGUUUGGUCUGCUUUACGAUCCUGGCGCGUCGUCAGGCAUCAUCGGCACGGACGCGGUACGGGAAUAUCAGCAGGAGAUUCUCGGCGGCGCAGAGAUCGAAUCCAGACCAACCCGAGCUCAGUUCACGGGCAUCGACGGCGAGCCUACACCCGGCAUCGGCAAGGCGAUCGUACCAUUACGCAUCCCAGCCAUGAAGGACGCGACGUUCACGGGAGACAUGAUCGGAGGCAUGGGAAGCUGGUGCCCGGCUCUGAUGCCAUUGCCAACCUCGAUCAGAUACAGGGCCAUCAUGUUCUCGGCGAUGUUCGACAACGGUGACGGCAUCCUGGUGAUCUUCCCUGACAAUCGACGACUUGGCAAUCGAGCUACACCAGUGUAUAUCAGGCUCCUGUUGACGGACUCUCGGCACUACAUCAUCCCGACGGACAACCAGCAUAUCCGAGAAGAAGUUGAUCAACAAUAUCUUCAUGGAGUUCUUCUGGACCAUCUUCAAAUAUUCUGGGACUUCAAACCAUCCCGCUCUGGAGGCAGAUCGGCGGAGUUUCAAGUGGAUACAGCGCCCGCGGACACUAGCACCGGAGCGAAGUCAUCGACUUUUUCGGGCAUGAGCAGGGAUGCGACCAACCCAGAAAUUCUGAAGCAGCUGGACCAUCUCAGCAAGAGCAUCGAGAGCAUCAAGGAUCACAUCGGCCAGCCCGCAGCUCCCAACACGCACCACUUCGUGAGCAUGAAGACGGCAUUCGCUGGACACAGUUGUGGAGACGACAAGUGCACUCAAGACCACCAGUAUCCUACGAGGAAAACGACUAUUACAAGAACACAAAACUUCUGGAAGGUCUGGGGCAUGUUCAAGGGCAGCGGCUUUACUGGCGAUAUGAUUCCAGACGGCCUGAAUCCGGCACAACAAGAACGAAUGCAGAAGGACUACCAGGGUAUCCCAGAGAAGUUCUACACCAAGACGAAACUGACGGUUAUUACCCCCAGAAAUGCGGACAGCUUCCUGAAACAUCUUCAAAAUUACAAGAUCACGAGCGUGGACAUGCAGGAACACUUCUCGGGAAGCAGUACCUUGUCAUUCUGGGCAUGGAGGUGCGAAUUCUUUGUAUUAUUCCCAACGGAUAUGAGAUGCGGCUGGAACCUCGGGCUGAAGGAACACCAGGACAUCAUUGCCAGAUUUCAGAAGGCCAUCCGUAUCCAGGUGAAAUUCUACACGCCAGAGUGCACCCCCUGGUCACAGGCGAGUCAGACGGCAGAUCCAGAGAGAAAGGCAGCGAAUCGCUCAGCAGAUCUUCCAGCACUUCAAUGGGUAUCCGACGAGUGCAAGAACACGAACCUGGACGGCACGGACUACGUCAUAGAGAACCCGGCCAAGAGCGCGAUCUGGGAGGAGUCACCUUUGAAGGAGCUGCAGAGCGACGAGCGCAUGUACAACAACAUCUGCGACCAGUGCCAGCACGGAGCUCAGGACGCAGAAGGCACACCCAUCCAGAAACGGACGAAGUUCAUGGCAUCCUUUCGCAUGAGGAGAACGGCAAUUCAGUGUCAAUGCGUACGUCCCCAUGCUUGGCUCGUUGGAGGCGCCCAGACAUCGAAGGCCAAGAUCGUCGCAGAGAAGCUGUGCAAGAACAUCUUGAAGGACAUCGGCAAGCGCAUCGAGAUGACGCUCAAGACACCAUUGGACCUUCUUUUCUGGACGUGCGAGAGCAUCAGCAGUAAAUCACCCAAGAAGGAAAUAGCGAUCAAGCCCAAUUUCGACUUGCAGCGCUUCCAACAUCAACUCGAAGAGGCGGCUUCGGAUCAAGCACGACUGGCAUUGCUCCUGGGAUUUCAUCUGAAGUUCUGGCACGCUACACCUGAUGAGAUGGCGAGACUACUGGCGGCCCUUGGAGUGGAACCGAACAUCAUCAAGCUUUGCCCACAAGUGGUCAAGGAUCUGUGCGAAGGUUGUCGCAAGUAUGCUAUGCCGUUACACCGACCAGCGUUUCGCGCACGCAUCACAACGAAGUUCAACGAGCGAGUUCAAGGCGAUUUAUUCUUCCUGUGGGACAUGACAUGGCUCAUUCUAGUGGACGAGCACAUCAGAUACAAGGUCAUUGGAGUGAUGAAGGACAAGACGGCCCCAGAGUACCUACGUUGUAUGGGAGAAUGUUGGAUCAGAUUCUUUGGGCCUAUGGAGACAUUCGUAUCGGAUCAGGAAGGAGCUCUAACCUCGGACCUCGUUGGAACGACGCUGGACAGGUACACGAUCAAGCGAGAGUUUGCCGGCACGGUGGUCGCCAAGCGAGAGGGCCUCAACAUCUCCAAGGAGACGCUAGUGUACGAGGCGUCGAUGGCGCAGAACUUAUUGCUCAACUUCGGUGGAAGCACGCCCGCCAACGCACUUCUCGGCUACACUCCUAGGGACUUCUACGACGAGAACUCGGCGACCACCAUGGCCCACAAGGGCGCGCUCGAGAUUUCACCCGACACGUUUGAGUCGAACGUACGUAUGCGAUUGUUAUCCAAGCAGAAUGUCCUGAAGACGAUCGUUGAGGAACGCCUCGCCAUAGCCAACAAGUCUCGACCACAGAAACUGGACAUCGAGAGGAUCAAGGUCGGUGACAAGGUGGACUUGUAUCGCACACCGAGCAAGAAGGAUCAAGAGGGCUGGCGAGGACCAUGUGAUCUACUACAUAUGAAGAGCACAGGAGCGAUCGUGGUAUGGAAUGGAUAUCCCUACAUCGUUCCACUGCGGCACAUUCGGAUUCAUCAGAGACUAGCAGCUUGGACCAACAGCUACGAGCGUCAACAUACAGCAUCUUCACCUUCGAUGUACUUGGUCACGGAUUAUACCGACAUGCUUGACAUUGUGGAAGGCACGGUUCCGUUCAAGCCGCAGAUCGUGGGCAUGCUGAUUGGCGCCGACGGCAAGAUGCGAGCUUCAUCCAGUAUGGGAGAGACACCUCCCAAGGUUUGGAGUCUAGCUCAGCAGUGCGCAGAGGACGAAUGGGGAAUCAAAAUCGACGGUAUUGUCUUUGGCAGAUGUGUUCGACGGUUGUACGCGGUUACUGGAGCUACUUUCGGACGACAGGUGACUUGGGACUGCGCGAGACGCGAUCAGUAUGUGACAACGGACAUCAAUCCCAGCAGGCAGGUAUUGGACAACAUCAAUGCCAUUCCGAACAUGAGCGACGUCAAUGCGUGCAGCAUCCUGUUCUAUUCCUUCUCAUCAAUGGCAGAAGACGAGGAAACGAAGAAGUAUGUCAUCCCCGACUUCUCGGACAUCUCGGCGAUCGAUCCCGACGACGAGAGCAUGCUAUGGCAGUACAGCAUCCUGGACAUGGACAUCCUCAAGCAGCAGAAGUACAUCCUGGACUUGGACCUCCUGCUCCACCAGCUCCUCCGGCAGCUGGAAUCCGACUUCUACCCGAACACGAUCAACUACCACUUCCAGCAGACAUUCGACAUCAGCGACACGGCAUGGCCGGAUGGAGACGUCAGCAUCAUCGAGGCGGACAGCAACAUCCCGCCAAGACCACCGUUUCCACCACCGGCUCCGCAGCGAGUUACCUUGCGCGACGACAACAGCUGGAAGCGAGAUCGACAGGCACUGGACGAAUCUCAGCAGAGUAUCAAAGUGGAUGACAAGAGCAUGAUCAGUGACGAGCAGUUCGUGCCAGAGUCAGAUCGACACCUGGUCAGCGCCUACAUGGACAGCGACGAAUUAGACGAGUACCAGACGAUCGUGACCAGCAUGGCCCAGGAAGUUUCAGACAACCUCCAGCGCAUGAGCGAUAACGAGUUAACAUGGACGGCGGAAGAAGCACAUUGGACGAUACCCGGACCGUUCAAGGAGAGCAGAACGUUCUACUUCGACCUGAACACCGGCGACGCGAUAUUCGCCCAGAACGACGACAUCUUGACUGAGGAACACAUCGUCAAGUUUUGGCCGCUCGUCGAGGCGGCAGACCGAUUGGAAUCGAGGUCGUUCAUAGACAAUUUAUGUUUCAAAGGUGUUCAUUACAACAACAUGGACAGUUCGAACGUGAUCGACGCGGUGUGGGUACGACGUUGGAAGAAGGUCUUCGAUAAGACGGUACACGUGGACGACAUUAUCGUAUUGGCGAAACUGGCAUGGCUGUUAUGGGGUCUCAAUUCCAUGGAGAAGCGAUUCGGCAAGAUCAAGAGACACGAGCUACCUUUCACGCACAUGGGUAUGAGCUAUGAAGUAUUGGGCAAGAGACACUUAUUCAUACACCAACAUGUAUUCACGGAAGGACUCAAGAAGAUCGAAAUACCCUUCAAGCUCAAGGACAAGCUCGACCAUGAAUGCGACGCCAAGUUGACGCACGAUUUGAGAUCAGUACUUUGUUCACUGUUGUGGCUUUGUCAGACACGAGAGGACAUCUACUGCGACGUGGUACAGCUACAGCAGAUCGUGAGGAAAAGCAAUAUGGGACACCUGAAGCAGGCCAACUUGAUCGUGGACCGCGCCAAGAGGAACAUGAAGAUGGCUGGAUUGCAUUUCGCACCAUUAUCUUACCCGGCCAGGCUGGUAUCGGUUGGAGACGCAGGUCACGGCAACACGAAGACGUCUUAUCCCCAGGAAGGAUCAGCGGCAUUUCUCAUGGAGGACCACAUGUAUCAAGUACGUAUCGACAAGAAGGACCUAGUGGAUCCAAGUGACAACUACCUCCUCGGAGGCUCAACCCAUCCUUUGAUGAUUGCUUCUGGGAAGUCCAAGCGUAUAUCUCAUUCCACGUGUAACGCGGAGACGAAUGCAGGCUACAAGGUGAACCAAGCGGCCCAGUUUAUUGCAUUACGGAUGAGCGAGAUUAUCAUGUGUUCGGAGGCACAACAUAAGGCAAAGGACAUGAUGGAGAUUUUCGAUCGUUCAUUGUAUCAGGUGAGAAUCGACCACUGCACGGACUGCAUGGACUUCUGGCAACUAUGCUGUGGAGUGAAAGGCGUACCCUCGAACAAGUCAAGCAGGCUGGCAGUGCUGAGCAUGCGCGAGGAGAGGCUCAGCGGACGCAUUCGAAACUUCAUCCACCUGCCCACCGAAGUGGUCAUAGUAGACGGGCUCACCAAGACGGGCACGUUCAAAUUACUCAUGGAACAUCUGACGACGGGCCGAUGGCACGUGGGGCCACCCAAGGGCAAGUACAUCACGAUACGCCGUAUCAAAUAUCAGCAGGACAGCUACUCAGAACAGGACUUGCUAGAUCUCAACGAGUAG